UUAGAGGUCAUGGCUGUGCCAUUUUGGUGGUUCCAGUUUCUCCUCCUCCUUAUCCCCCUAUUGCGAACUCCAUAAAAUAUCUGAAAUUUUUGCACUCUCCAUGCAUUUUUCUGUUAGUAAAUAAAGAUGGGCACGGCAGUAAAUCUUGCUGCAACCUAUAUUUUCCUUCCAACGCAUUCUCCUUCAAUUACUCUACCAAAACAGUACAAUCCCAUCUGCAGUUCACAAAAAUUUUCCAAAAUUUCUUCCUACAGUAAAUUCAAGAAUCCCAUUAGUGUAAUUAAUGCCUCUACUGCUUCUGCGUCAACUGAAAAAAGGGAGGUGUUGUUGCCAUUGGAAGUGAGUGAGAUAAAUGAAAAGUGCAAAAAAUGGGUGUGGAAAGGUUACACCAUUAACUAUUUUGUUUACCCAGGAGGCAAUAAUGAUUCUUCAAAUCCGCCUCUUCUGCUAAUUCACGGUUUUGGUGCCUCCAUUGCUCAUUGGCGCAGGAAUAUUCCGACUCUGGCUCAAAGUUAUACAGUUUACGCCAUUGACCUCCUUGGUUUUGGUGCUUCAGAUAAGCCAGCGGGCUUUGCAUAUUCCAUGGAAGUAUGGGCUGAGAUGAUAUUGGACUUCUUAGACGAAAUUGUUCAAAGGCCGGCGAUACUAAUGGGGAACUCUGUUGGAAGUCUUGCUUGCGUAAUUGCCGCUGCAGAGUCUACUAGGACCCUAGUUCGAGGGCUCGUUCUGUUAAAUUGUGCUGGCGGCAUGAACAACAAGGCGAUUGUUGAUGACUGGAGGAUAAAGCUACUGUUACCUUUGCUUUGGUUUGUCGACUUCUUAUUGAAGCAAAAAGGGAUUGCAUCGUAUUUGUUUGAUCGUGUUAGACAAAGAGACAGUCUGAGGAACAUCUUGUCAUCCGUCUAUGGCAAUAAGGAUAAUGUCGAUGAGGGUCUUGUGGAUAUUAUUAAGAAACCAGCAGAAGAUGAAGGGGCUCUUGAUGCUUUUGUUUCCAUUGUAACUGGCCCCCCUGGGCCGAAUCCAAUGCAAUUAAUUCCGAAAAUCAACUUACCUGUCCUCGUGUUAUGGGGUGAUCAAGAUCCAUUUACACCGAUUGAUGGACCUGUUGGUAAAUACUUCUCGUCGUUGCCUUCUCGACUGCCAAAUGUGAACCUCUUUUUGUUGGAAGGCGUUGGUCAUUGCCCUCAUGAUGACAGGCCUGACUUAGUGCACGAGAAUUUGCUUCCUUGGCUAGCCAAUCUCCCCGCAUCUUAAAACUUGACAACAUACUUCCAAUUGAUUUUGCAAUUGUAUUUAUAUUCUGUUCUGUUUGCUUUAGAAUGAGAAUCGGUAGUGUUGAAGUCCCUUAUGUUUAUAACAGUUCUCGUAACAUGAUAGAGUGCAAAUUUCCUGGGGGGUACAGUUGUGAUUUUGGCCUAUGGUGGUCAAUUGUUAUAAUAUUGCAACUUGAAUGUGGUGUUUUCUCGGAGACACUGGAGAACUGUGCUGUUUCAUUUGCAAGAGGGUUCAAUUUAACUAUUGAUAUCUUCUGAGCUGCACAUCUUAAAGGCUUCGUGGUUUAUUUAA